AUGGACGUCAAUAAUCUUUCCAGUAAUUGGAAGAAACUUCAGGAAACGCUGAAAAAACAAAGCGCUUCCUCGGCCUCGAAGAAACGCAAGACAUCGGACCGCGAGACUCAAAAUGUUACGGCCAAGAAGCGGAAAACAGAGACAAUAGAGCGCAAAAAGUCUUCAUUAAAGAAGAAAAGAAUGUCCGAGGGACAAGAGCAUGGAGGGGACAAGAGCGCACAGGAAUCUGUGGUGAAAACUAUUUCCCGCAAAAGCUCUACGGCUACGAUCUCCGAGCAAUCGCGGACUGAGUCCAAGCCAGCAAAAGUUAACGAGGGCCGUUCACCUACUGCAGAAAUAGGUAAAUAUGUCGCUAUGGACUGCGAAAUGGUGGGAGUCGGUCCCAACCCCGAUAGCGAUUCUGCCCUCGCGCGUGUCAGUAUUGUCAACUUUAACGGCGAACAAGUAUAUGAUUCGUACGUCAGGCCCAAAGAGAUGGUUACAGACUGGCGGACGCAUGUGAGCGGCAUUUCUCCCAAGCACAUGGCGGAGGCUCGAUCCCUUGAACAAGUCCAGAAGGACGUUGCAGAGAUACUUGACGGACGAAUACUCGUUGGACAUGCUGUGAGCAAUGACUUGGAUGUUCUUCUUCUGGGCCAUCCCAAGCGCGACAUCAGAGACACAAGCAAGCAUCCUCCUUACCGGAAGAUCGCGGGUGGUGGCUCUCCACGCUUGAAAAUACUGGCGUCGGAGUUCCUAGGCUUGAAUAUUCAGGACGGCGCGCACUCUAGUGUCGAAGAUGCGAAGGCUACGAUGCUCCUGUAUAGACGAGAUAAAGAGGCCUUCGAGCGGGAGCAUUUGAAGAAAUGGCCAAUUCGCGUCGUCGUCGACAAAAAGGAGAAUGGCGAGGACCAGAAGAAGAAAAAGAAGAAGAAGAAGAAGCCUCGUAAGAGGUAG